CUUUUCUCGAUAUUUUUAAUUGUACAAGUUUGAAACUAAUAUGCUGUAAAUAUAUUUAGCAGAUACCAUGAACAUUUUGAAAGAUAGCGAUGUUAAAGAUUACAUAUCAACAUUAGACGGAUUAAGUCCAAUUCAGUGUGUGCCCUCAGUCUGUCAGUGCAUUAAGGAUAAUAUACCGGAAAACGUUCAUUCUAAAUAUUCUAAUAUCGCAUAUCCUUUCAGUAAUAACCUGGCCAAAUUAGCUGCCAACCAGGAGCCAAAAAACAUAAGACUGAUUAUAAUGUACAUAACAAAGAUUACUUAUUUCAAUGGAGACACAAUGAAGUUUUUAGUCAAUGAAAUGUUAGAAUGCAAAGAUGUUGCAACAGUUGAACAAUAUUACAACGUUCUUGUUAAAAACUUCGAAAUGCAUCCACCAUGCGUUCAAUAUAUGGAUACAGAGUAUGAACAAUUACUACUCGGCUCGUAUAGUAAAGAUUUUGGAGAAAUGACUUUGUGGGAUUAUAUAAUAGAACUUUUGAAUCAGAUCACAAGUGGUUCUCUUUUGUAUGGAGACAAUACGGUAUUUGAUUUGGCAUUCAAAAACUGUUUUAGAUUUUGCAUAUGCGUUCUACAAUUUGACUAUGAAGUGUCCAAAAAAAAUAAUAGUAGAUCUUUGGUUGCAAAAUGCUUAAAGCUUAAUUCUGAAAGAAAAACACGAAUGAGUGAAAUCACUAAACUUUUGGAUAUGUUAUUUAACACUGGGUAUGAUUUUCAAUUACCAGUUAUCAAUCUUGCAAUACUUGAAUAUAUUGCCAUAUUGCAGUUUAAUAUGAACAUUAUAUAAAAUAAUGCAGAAAUAUUUUUGACUUCUGUCAAUUUCUAUCCUUACUGAGACAAGAAAUUGAAUCAAUGGAUCGGACCAUUUAAUAAAAAUAAGAAUUUAUCUACAAUAGAUGGAUCAAUUAUAAUUUGGUUAUUUAACUAUAUACAAUAAGUUUUUAUUAUUAUUGUUCAA